UUUCGAUCAAGAUUUCUCACUAACAUUUCCCCCUUCCUCCCCAAUUUCUAUCACCGCGAGUGACACGCGUCGCCCUCAUUUGCUCGCUUUCCACCACGCGAGAAUGGAGAAGGUGAAGGAAAUCUUCGGCGGCGAGAAGAAACGCGAUGAGCCUCGCGAGGGCGAGUACGGAUACGGCCAUCAUGGAACCGCCGUGGGCGAGGCAGAAUACGCUGGCCAGGGGCAGCAGCGCCGCGGCCAAGAGUAUGAGCGCGAAACGCCCGGCUAUGGCGGCGGUUCUACCGAGCGCUCCGGAUACUCUGGCGUGACUGGGCGCGAGAGAGGCACGGAUUAUGGCGGCACCAGCACAACUGGCUAUGGUGGCACAGGCUCCACCGGUUAUGGUGGCGGCACGGGCACAACAGGCUACGGUGGUGAAACCGGCCCAAGUGGCUAUGGAACUUUCGGGAGUGGCGAAGGUCGGACGGGACACCGCCAUGGCAAGCACGAAGAAACCACCGGAUACGGCAGAACGACUGGCUAUGGCGGCACGACUGGGGGAGGUACAACUGGGUACGGAACGGUGCGUGGCACGGAGUACGAACGGGGGACAGCAGGGUAUGGGGAAGGGGAAGUUGGUGAGCGGCAUGGAGAACGCGGAUCUGAUGAACGUGCUUACGGGGAGCGCGCUGGUGGUAUUGGCUAUGGGGAAGAGCGCAAGACCGAGGAAGAGAAGAUGCAGAAGGAAUAUGAAGGGCACAAGCGAGGGGAGCGCAUCGGUGAGGCGAUCGCUGCUGGUGCCGCCGCGUAUGCCGCACAAGAGCGCCAUGAGAGGAAGGAGGACGAGGAGGACAUCAAGAGGAGGGAGAGGGAGGCAGAGGGAGGUCAGAAGAAGCACGGCUGGUUUGGCUAGAGGACUGCAUAAAUGCCGGAGCUGCUGGGUAUGCUGCUCACGAGCCCCGCGAGGGGGAUGAGCGCCACAAGCAGCACUGUUGGUUUGGCUAAAUGGCCCUGCUCCUCCUGUUCUUCCACGUUCCUCCACGUAACUACUGCCUGAAAGGGGAAGGCAGCUGGCCCAUUGUGUACAGUUCACACAUACGUAGCAUGCCAUUUUUUCGGUUCCUACAGGAUUAGUUGACAAUCUUUAGUCAACUG